UAUUUGUUUACCGGUCGAUAUCAUUGAUUGUUGAGGUUAAAAUAAAUUAAUUACUUGAGAGAAAAUAACUCUUAUUUAACCCGUUAAAUGAAUAAACUGAACAAUGAAAUAGGUUAGGUUCUUGGAGUACUGUGGAAUUUAUAUAUCAGGAACCGGACUUUCAAAUAAAAUCAAAGCUUGGUUGAAUUGUAUCGAUGUUUACUCACUCCAAUUUAAUUAAAACAUUCUUGGAGCAGACCUCUGUGAAAAAUUUUUUGAAUCAAAAACCAUGUUUAUUUAGGUUAUAUUUUAAUGAAUCGCUUAAUUUAGCUUAUUCAGAGGGUAAAAAUCAACUGUUUACUUGGAUUAUUAUAUUAAUUCAGAUUGAAUUGGAAUCCCCAAUUGGAUUAAAAUGAAUCAGUUGUAGACCCGAAAGAUGGCACAAACUGAAUUCUUCAAACCUCAGUGAGUUAAGGCGACGAUCACCGCAAGUUCAAUUGCAGUUUCAGUACACAACUAUUCCAGAACUUGAAUAAAGGCAACUUCAACUCUGACAAAUAUGGAAAAUAUUUCUGCUAUGUUAAUGGAUUUGAGUUCCAAACCGGAAUCUAUCAAUACUGAACGCAAUUUCGAAACGUUGUGGUAUGAAAAACGAAAAAAUGUAGAGAGAUGUAACGCUGAACCCUCGAUUCUUUAUUAGAAUCCAGAAAAAACUGCACUGUUUUUAAGGGUGGGCUAUGAGAAAGUUAAUGAAUUAAUGAUAAAAGUUUGUGAAGCUAUUCGAGAAAUAAUGGAAAGUAUGGACAUAAUGAAUACCUGGACAUAUUCUCAGUUAUAGACUUUGUCCCAUUUUGUGUAUUUUUAAAGAAGAAUUGGUGAUGAUAAAUUAUAGAAUGAACAGAAUAAAUUCCUCAACAUUUAUAGCAAACACUUCAUCCAAACCAAGAUUGCUGGCACUUACAAGAUUUAUUCACCUAUACUAGGUAAAGAAGAUAUACAGUUACCAUUAAAUUAAGAAAGACAAGUUUGUAUUUCGUCUCUGCUUAUGAAAAAUCUUCAAUUGAUAAUCCUUUAUAAAAAUAUAUGCAUCAACCAUCAGAAGUCGUUCUAGAACUGAAGACUCAGGAAGGCCAGGAAGAAAAUAAUAAAAGCGCAAAAGUAUACGGAUAUUAGAGGAGCGCCGGAAACGGAAGCUACCGGAAGCGGAGUAAUGGUUACUUCGGCGAUUUUAGGUGCAGCCGCCGGUUCAGGGAUGGCGCUGUUCGUUGGUUUAACGAUUGUUAUCUAUCGAUAUUAUUAUCAAAAGCGCAGAAGCAAACUUUGGGCGAACUUGGAUAGGGUUUCGUUGGAGGAGGAAGGGGUUUUACAAAAGAAACCACUUAAAGGUUUAUAUCCAAUUCCACAUAAGGAUUUUAAUCCGUCUUUUAACAUGACCAGGGAACAACAAAUAAUUCAGCCGCCUCAAAACCCAUCCGGUCAAUCAAUGACCGCGGAGCUCUUUAAAAAUCCUUUGGAAGUGUGUUCAAACACCACGUCCAUACCAAAUUUGCAGCACCAAUCGAAAAGUUAUCCCGGCGGGCAACCACAACUAUGCCGAACACCAAGUGUUUCUUCGCAAAGCAGCUUAGAUAGUGGGGUAUCUAGACAGGGUCACCGUGGAUCUUCACCUCAAAUAAGAACUUUCGCACCCGAUGGUAGAACCACCUCUUUACAUCAAGAGGCGACGCAUUCAAGUAGUUAUCCUUUGAGAAACGCGAGUAGAUCUCCCUCUCCAUUAAGAGCGGCUUCUUUAGAUAUGAGGUGUUCUUCUCCGAGCGCUUCGAUCGUUAUGGAGCAAUUUAGAACGCCUUCACCUUCGCAAUCAAGUUUGACUUCGUUAACUGGUGGGUCGGCAAGUUCCACUUGUAAUUCUCCAGCUCCAGCUUCACCAAGAACUACUGGGUUAGGAAGAUGUUUGUCACCACUUCAUAUUCCAUCAAGAGGACAUACUCCUGAUGUAACAGUUCCCAUUCCUCCAGCGAGUCCUUUAGGUGCAAUUCAACCCGAUUUGUAUACAAGAAAAGAUGGUCCUUUAUUUAUUGGGGGAAGUCCUAAAUUUGGGCCAAGUUUAGGAAGGUUACAUUUCCGUUUAAAGUAUGAUUUCGAUCGUAGCGAUUUAGUCGUACAUUUAAUUGAAGCUCAUGAUUUGGCAAGUAGUGAUCAAGGUGGAUUUAACGAUCCCUACGUUCGUAUUUCAAUGAAUCCCGAAGUUGAUUCAAGAAAACGACAAACGACUAUUCACAGAGAUGACCCAAAUCCGUUUUUUGACCAAAACUUUAAAUUUCCCGUUUCGCACGAUGACCUACAAUCGAGAACCUUAAUACUCCAAGUUUUCGAUUACGAUCGAUUCUCGAGAAACGACAUAAUCGGAGAAGUUCGAAUGAGCAUGGACGAAUUUGAUGUUACAUCGACAAUUGAAGUUUGGGGCGAAAUUACGAAAAAUAAAAAACCGAAAGAAGAAACUCAAGAGGUUUUGUUAUCGCUAAGCUAUUUACCUUCAGCCGAAAGAUUAACCGUAAUUUUAAUGAAAGCGAGGAAUUUGUUUAUGCCUAAAGAUAAGGAAUCAAUUGAUCCAUAUGUUAAAGUGCAUUUGGUUGUAAAUGGGAAAAGGAUUAAAAAGAAAAAAACCGCUCCAAAAAAAUCAAACCGUGAUCCAGUUUGGAAUGAAGCCAUGACCUUUAGUCUUUCAUCGACAAAUUUACAAAACGCCGCAGUUGAAGUUUGCAUAUUUGACCAAACCAACGAUUUAAUAUCAAAUAAUCCAGCAUUAUUGGGUUGUUGUGUAAUUGGACCUAAAGAAACGGGUCCAGAACGAGAUCAUUGGAUAGAUAUGACUCAAAAUAGAAAAUCAGUUGCUUGUUGGCACACAUUGCGGUAAGUUAAUUAAAAGUUGGGAAACUGCUCAAGAAAUAUAACAAAAAUUCAAAAAACGAAAAUGAAAGGCAAAAAAAAUUGAAUCAAAAGAGGUUUCUUAUAAAGGAGAAACAUGAUUGUGCUUUACGCUUAAAAAUAAAUGUGCUAGAUUAUUUUUUGGCUUAAAAGAAAAAAAAAUUUCGACUUCAUAAAUAAAAAAAAAAA